UCCGGCUGUGGUGGGGUCGAGCUAUGCUCCCAAUUGAGGGAGGGGGGGAAAUGGCCGGAAUGAGCCGCUGCAACCGUGAGGGGAUCCCCGGGGAAGAUGCUCGGACGCCGCUGGGAAGCCUUUAGCUGCCAUGUCCCUCUCUCCCACCAUGCUACCAUGCAAGAAGAGGAAAACCAUCCGGGCGGAUUCCUUUUCCGAAGCCCAGCCUCUUCCUAUGGAGGCGUCUCCUUCAGAUGGCCCCCUUUUGCCCAAGCCAGAGAUGGAACAGGAGGAUGAAGGAGAGGUUUCCCCAACGAUGAAACCCGUGGGGGUCACACAGAAGGUCGAGCCGCUUCAAAUAGUUAAGGAAGAAGCUGAGGAAACGAGACUUUUUAUUUCAGUGGACGAACGAGAAGGAGGGAAAAAACCCAGGCGGAAGGGAGUUAAAAGGCAAUGGGAAGGGAAGUCGUCCGAGGAAGACGAAGGAGGAGGAAGAGGAGGAGGAAGGACUUUAGAUUGUGACCUCAAACUGGACGAAACCUUGGACCGGACGCUGGAAGACGGGGCGAAGCAGCACAAUUUGACGGCUGUCAACGUACGCAACAUCCUUCACGAAGUCAUCACCAACGAGCACGUGGUGGCCAUGAUGAAAGCCGCCAUCAGCGAGACGGAGGACGCCCCUGUUUUUGAGCCCAAAAUGACACGGUCCAAGCUGAAGGAAGUGGUAGAGAAAGGGGUGGUAAUUCCCACCUGGAACAUUUCUCCCAUCAAGAAAGCCAACGAAAUCAAGCCCCCUCAGUUCGUCGACAUCCCUCUCGAAGACGACGAUUCGUCCGACGAGGAAUACCAACCGGAAGAGGAUGAAGAAGAUGAAACAGCAGAAGAGAGUUUAUUGGAGAGCGAUGUAGAAAGCAGCACCUCGUCCCCCCGGGGGUCCAAGCGUCGUUGGAGACAGUCAGAGACGGUGGAGACGGACGAGGAAGGCAGCCCCCGCUUGGAGGCCGAGAAGGGGGCCAGCCCCCCUGCCCAGCGACAUGUCAGCGCCGAGGUCAUCCCUAUGGGCCCCCCACCGCCCCCCAAGCCCAAGCAGAACAAGGACACCGUCUUCAUGGAGAAGCUCCAUGCGGUGGACGAAGAACUGGCCUCCAGCCCCGUCUGCAUGGAUGCCUUCCAGCCUCUGGAAGACAGCUUAAUUGCCUUCCGCACCCGAUCCAAGAGACCCCUGAAGGACGUGCCCCUCGGUCAACUGGAGGCCGAGCUUCGGGCUCCGGACAUCACUCCGGACAUGUACGACCCCAAUACAGCGGACGACGAAGACUGGAAGCGGUGGCUGGGCGGGCUGAUGAAUGACGACGUGGAAAACGAAGAUGAAGCCGAUGAUGACGAUGAUCCUGAAUAUAAUUUUUUGGAAGAUCUGGAUGAACCCGACACGGAGGACUUCAGGAAUGACCGUGCCGUCAGAAUCACAAGUACGUUCCCCUUAUCUACGGCUACUCCUCGACUUACAACCGCACCCUCCCCUCCCCAGAACGAGUUGGAAAGCUUCGCCAAGAGCUCCCUCCUCCUCAGCCAGCCUUCCAGCCCCGGGUUCCAGACCUCCUUCCAGCCUUUCAACUUGAAGGAAUCUCUGCAGCUGAUCAAGGAUUUCCACGCUCACGUCAAGAUCGAGUGGAGUCCCCGCAAAGCCGUCAAAAAGAACAUGACUGAUUUUGCUUGCUUGCCCAAACAAGUGGCCUGGAUCCUGGCCACGCGGAGAGUUUUCCUGUAUCCGGAGCUGCUGCCCACCUGCUCCUUCAAGGCCAAAACUCCCCGGGACAAGAUUGUCUUCACCAAAGGAGAAGAUAACUUGUUGGCGCUGGGGCUCAAGCACUUCGAAGGCACGGAUUUCCCCAAGCCCCUCAUCAGUAAGUACCUUCUGACCACCAAGACGGCCCACCAGCUGACGGGACGAAUCAAGAACCGGAAUAUGAACCGUGUCCCCGACAACAUUAUCCGGUAUUAUAAAACCACAAAGCAACUUCCGGUUUUGCCCCAUCUUUGCGAGGAAGUUCAACCCGGAGAUUGGAAGCCGCCUGUGGAACAGGAAGAACAACGCUUGCCCUUCUGGUUAAAGGCCAGCAUGCCCUCCAUCCAAGAGACCAUAGAGCAGCAGCGCGCUAAAGCAGCCUCCCAGGGCCCCGACGCGGAUCCCAAGGCGGGAAGCCAGGCGGCCGAUCCCACCAACCCCGAAGCUCCUCUGCACAUGCCCGAGGGCCUCCAGCUCAUCCUGAGACCUCUGAGCAGCCGCUUCUGCCGCCGGAUUUGGCGAUGGCAACGUCCGGCCGCCGGCAAACCUUUCCUGGUUCAACCGAGUCUUUGCUUGCCCCCGGCCGGGACGGGCGGCUUCAUCAAAAUGAGCGCCAAGCAGCCCCUGCCUGCCGCGGCCCCCAGCAAAUUGGCAACUCGUGUCUCCCCUUUGUCCCAACCCGCCUCGCUGCCCCACCUGAAUCUGCCCUCCACCCUGAGCCAGGGUGCCCCUUUUGAGCUUCAAGGGGUCCUCCCCGCUCGGCCCUCGCCCCUCCGUAUGCGUUUGGCCCCCGCGGUGCCCGCAAACGUGGUCUCCUCCCUCCCCGUUGCUUUCCACCCCAAAAUGAUCCUCCCAGCUCUGCCAGCCAACCACGCCCGGAAGUCUCCCCUGCCGAGGGGGUACCAGAAAAAGAAGGCGCCCAAAGUCGCUCCUUUGCUGAAGGCCGCCCCGUUGCUUCAUCCGACCCCCGUCAUCUUCACUGUUCCUGCCGGGACGGUCAAAGUCUUGGGCAUCGCCAAUAGCUGCAACGUGCUGCAGCCGCUUUCCGCCACCCGGGCGGUUUCGGCCCCGCAGCCCAUCCCCAUCACCACGCUGCUGGUCAACCCCACCCCCUUCUCCUGCCCGCUCAGCCAGCCCUUGGCAGCUUCUCCCGCCCUUCCCUUGGUGGUCGCUUCCAAUUCAAGCCCUACCCCGCCGUCCGCACUGGUCAAAGAUUCGGAUAAGUCCACUUCACCGCUCAAUGUGGCGUCCGCUGGGGACGCACCAGAGCCCAAAACGGGCCCAGAGGAAGUCCCCGGAGGCUCGUGGUCGUCCGAUCUUAAGUCUGCGGUCCGAAGCAGAACCUCCCACUCAGGGUUACGUGGAGGCGGCCGAGAUUUUAGCCCUGCUCCCUUCUCCCCGACGGUGGAGUUAGGAGGCCUGGUCAAGGUAGAUUUGGAAGCGUCAAAAGAGACAUCGUCGUUAGACGCAGCCGCUGCCCCCCCAAAUCCAACCCCGGAGAAUUCUCCGAUGAAGGAAGAGCUGAUUUUGGACCUCGGGGAAGGCCUGGCGGUCGAGUCGACCUCGGGGGUCAGGAAGGAGCCGGAAGACGUUCAGAAGGAACCCGGCUGCGAGGAGGAGGAGGAGGAGGAGGAGGAAGAAGAGGAGACCGACAACUCAACCGGCAAUUCAACUGGCCCACAAGUGGCGCCUACGACAGUCGAAGGACGUCACGCUUCUCCCACUAACUUUGGCGGCCGCAGCCCCGCAUUGGAGACCGGCAGCUCCUUGGGAAAGGCGGAGGAAAUGGGGAACCAGCCCGAAGGGGCGGUGACGGCUGGCCAGGAGGGGGGAGGAGGAGGAGGAGGAGGCGAGAAAGACGGGAUGGAAGAAGAGGAAGAGGAGGAUUUUGAUGAUUACAUCCAGGAUGAGGAAGACGAGAUGUCCUCAGCUUCCGAGGAAUCGGUGCUCUCGGUGCCAGAACUACAGGAGACCAUGGAGAAAUUGACCUGGCUGGCAUCCGAGAGGCGGCUGAGCCAGGAAGGAGAAUCGGAGGAGGAAAACUCGCAGGAAGAGAACUCGGAGCCGGAGGAGGAAGAGGAGGAGGAGGAAGAAGGGGAAGGAGAACCUCUGGAGAGCCGACAGAAGGAGGACGAAAUGGCCGAUGAGAUUGUGGGCCCGGGAGAUGGGACGGCCUCUUCGCUCGCCUCGACCUGCCCAGCGCCGACGGUGGAGGCCAGUAGCAGCCCUCCAGGGGAGAACCCCAAAACUGCCGCCAAGAGCCGAGCGUCCCACCGAGCCCGGGCCAAGCGGGGCCGCGGCCGCACCAGCAAAGACGCCUCCAAGCUCCUCCUCCUUUACGAUGACGACAUCCUGGAGAGAGACCCCCUGCGCGAGCAGAAGGACUUCGCGUUCGCCCAGGCGUACCUGAACAGGGUACGGGAUGCCCUGCAGCUCGUUCCGGGCAAAUACGAAGAAUUCCUAAGUAAUAUUUACGAAUUUGAGAACAACCUGCAAAAGCAGACGGCCGUUGACCUCUACGCCCGGCUACGGGUCAUCCUCCAAGAUUGGCCUCAACUCUUGACCGAUUUCGCGGCCUUCCUGUUGCCCGAGCAAGCGCUGGAGUGUGGGCUGUUUGAGGAGCAGCAGGCCUUCGAGAAGAGCCGGAUGUUCCUUCGGCGGUUGGAGAUCUGCUUUGCCGAAAACCCGUCCCACCACCAGAAGAUCAUCAAGGUGCUGCAGAACUGCGCGGACUGCGUACCCCAAGAGAUCAUGGAACUGAAGAACCAGAUGUGGCAGCUGCUGAAAGGCCACGAUCAUCUCCAGGAUGAGUUCUCCGUCUUCUUCGAUCACCUGCGCCCUUCGGCCAGCCGCCUGGGGGAUUUCGAAGAAAUCAAUUGGACGGAGGAGAAGGAAUACGAGUUUGAUGGGUUCGAGGAAGUCUCGCUGCCCGACAUGGAGGAAGACGAGGAGCCCCCCAAAAUCCACGCCGCCUCGAAGAACAAGAGACGGAAGGAGCUGGGGAGCCAGCAUGCUGAGAAGGAGUCCGAGUGGCCGGAAGGGCAGAAGGAGUGGUGCAGCUCCUGCCACGAGAACAGCGGAGACCCCCGGCUGAAGCGGAGCAAGCGGCGGAGCUGCGCCAACUGUAGCAGCAAGGUGGGAGACCCCAAAGGCUCCAGAAACAAAGAGCCCGGCGAGUUUGCGGAGGGCCGGGCCCAACAGGAGCCCAGCCCUCGGCCGGAGGGGAAGGAGACCCCCGAGGGCAACGCGGAGAGGAGAGACGACGGGGAAGCCGUCCCUGGCAGGGUGAGGGCCGCCAGCCGGAAGGGAGACUCUGCCGGAGGAGGUGCUCGUCUGGAAGGGAAGCUCCUAUCCUCCCGAGACCCCGCUCCUGAGGGCCCUCUCCCGCCAGCAGGCAAAACUGCAGAGUCCUCGCCUCCUGCUGCCCCUCUCUGCCCUCCAAACGGGGCCGACCCCGCCAAGAACCCACCUGCGACUCCUCCGCCGCCCGCCAGGGUGGCCGUCCCCCCCAAACCGCCUCGCCUGAAAAGCAGCCUCUGCCCCACGGAGGGGAAGAGAGAGGCGGGACACGGUCCGCCCAGGAGUGGCGGGGAGGCCCCACCUGCCCCCAACCGCGACAGUUCGGAGGCCGAAGGUCCCUCAAAACCAGCCAGGCCGGAUCCGAAUUCUCCAUCCCUCCUCGGGACCUUCGUUGCGUCUCGGCCAAGUCUCAAGGAGCCGGGCGGCCAGUCGCCCUCGGGGACUACAAAGCCCAAAGGCAGGGAAUCGUCGUCCAGGCUCUCCACAGAUCUCCCUCUGAAGACUUUGGGGGCGAGCGACGGCCUGCAGCCCGAACCGGAGAUCUCCUCAAGCGGCCGCAUUCAGGCCACCCAUCCAGCGGGAAGAGCCGCCGAGGAAGGGGACGUCCGUUCACACAAGGGAGAGGAGGGGCCAGCCGUGGCGGGUGUGGAUCGCAGUGGGCCGGUCGCGGGAGACGACCCGCAGCCCAGGACUAUCGAGCCCACGGUCUGUGCCAAGAACAUCAAGGUCAGCUCGACGGGGGAGAAGGUGGUGUUAUGGACCAGGGAGGCCGACCGUGUGAUCCUGACCAGCUGCCAGGAGCGAGGGGCCGAUCCACAGACCUUCAGCGCCGUCUCCGAACAGCUGGGCAACAAGACUCCAGAGGAGGUGGCCCAUCGCUUCCGCGAACUCAUGGCCUUGUUCCACACGGCCUGCGACGUCAGUUCGGACGACGAGGAAGACGGGAUGAGCACCAGCCACACCGACCCGCUGUCCGACAAAGAUCCCGCCCUCUCGGAGGACGAGCGGGAAGAACCGGGGUUUUAAGGCUGUAGAGAAGAACGUUUGGGUCGGGGGGGAGGGUGCGUUUGACCCCCCCCCCUUUGCUCCACAGCUCACUUGAGACACUUCCAGAGAUUUGAUGAUUUUUUUAAAAAUUCGCC